CCACUCCCGCAGGACAGGACACUGGGCUGGAUGGACCUUCGAUCUGACCUGGUCUGGCCUCUCUUAUGUUCUCUGGCCAAAGCGGAGCUGGUGAGUCAGCGUCUCAGCCCUGAGGUUAUUGAGUGAGUCGCUGGGGGUCUGUAAUUGCCGUUCCGCUCGGUCGGGGCCUGGUGACCUCCAGCCCGCGGGGGCCUGAUGCAGAGUGGGGCCCAGAGGUGCUGCCGUGCUGUAGAGAGCAGCAGUCACCCGUGUCUCUGUUUAAAUUCCAGCCUCCUGAGUGGCCGGAUUUCCACCCUGAAGGAUGAAAUGGGAGCGAUCUUCAUCGACCGAGACCCCACUGUCUUUGCACCCAUUCUCAACUUCCUGCGAACGAAGGAGCUCGAUCCCAGGGGUGUCAACAUCUCCCUGCUGCUGCAUGAAGCUGAGUUCUAUGGGAUCACCCCGCUGGUGCGUCGCCUGCAGCUGCGCGAGGAGCUGGACCGCUCGGCCUGUGGGAGCGUCCUCUUCAACGGCUACUUGCCCCCGCCAGUGUUCCCGCCAAGCGGCGUACACCGAGCACAGUGUGGCAGGGCCGCAGGUGGCCGGCGCCGCUUGCCACAGCACCGCCUGCGAGGCCCAGUGUCGCUCGCAGCAACACCCUGCCCCCACCCUGGGCCAGGCCGGGACUGUUACUCGUUUGUGCUGGUCUGUGCCUCCGGCCCCAGGCCGGCCAUGACCGGCAUGGUCCGAAUCGUCUGUGGGCACCACAACUGGAUUUGCCGCGUGUUUCCACUGGGCGUCCCGGUGAGGCGCUUUCUUCGUGGGCAAGCCCAGCUUAUCGCCACCAGCUCAUACGGGCAAAUUCGGCGUCUGGAACGCGGUCACCAGCACUGGCAGAUCGCAGGACCGUGGUUCCCAUCAGCAGCUACGACCCAGCCGGCACUUCCUGCUGCUCGGCUGCCACAAUCGGCUCUAUCUAACUACGUGGGCGACAGCGGGAACUGGAUCGAGAUCGCCUACGGGACCAGCUCGGGGACGGUGCGGGUGAUCGUGCAGCACCCAGAGACGGUGGGCUCAGGGCCCCAGCUUUUCCAGACUUUCACUGUCCACCGCAGCCCCGUCACCAGGAUCAUGCUGUCCGAGAAGCACCUCAUCUCGGUCUGUGCCGAUAACAACCACGUCCGCACCUGGACAGUGACGCGCUUCCGCGGCAUGAUUUCCACGCAGCCGGGCUCCACCCCACUGGCCUCCUUCAAGAUCCUGUCCCUGGAGGACCUCGAUGGGCACGCAGGCUGCAGCGCCGGCACCGACAUCGGGCCCUUUGGGGAGCGGGACGACCAGCAGGUUUUCAUCCAGAAGGUGGUUCCGGACGCCAGCCAGGUCUUCGUGCGUCUCUCCUCCACUGGCAAGAGGAUCUGCGAGGUGCGCUCCGUGGACAGCACGGCCAUCACCUCCUUCACGGUGCACGAGUGCGAAGGCUCCAGCCGCAUCGGCUCCCGGCCGCGCCGCUACCUCUUCACGGGCCACGCCAACGGUAGCCUCCAGAUGUGGGACCUCACCACCGCCAUGGAGAUGCAGGGCAAGCCGCCAGAAGUGGGGGGCCUGACGGAGGAGGAGCUGCUGCAGCAGCUGGAGCAGUGCGACCUGGCCCUGACGCGCACUCCGGACAUGAGCCCAGCCUGCUCCUUCGCUCACCCCGGCACGCCCCAGGCCUCCAGCACCAGCCUCCAGUCCCAGGGGAGCGACGGUGCCCGAAACAGACCCGCCAAGGGGGCUGCCAGCCCUGGGCUCCUGCUGAGCUCUGCCCGCGGAAGCCUGCUGCUGCCCAGAUCCCGUGAGGGCCCCUUCCCGGUGCUGACGGCCAGCCAGAGCUCCCUGAACUGCGGCGAGGGCCCCGCACCGGAGCCCUGCCCCCGGCGGCCAGCGGAGGAACUGGACAGCGACCCCCAGGCUCCCCACGGGCUGCGUGGAGGGGGCAGCUUCGUCGAGCGCUGCUACGAGCUGGCCCGCUCCUCCGGGCUCGAGGGCAGGCGGCCUGGCCCGGCCAGGGAGCCUGACGGGGGGCGCCUUAGAGCAGAGGGCAAAGUCCUGCUCCGUGCCCCUGGCAUGCCGGCCCGCAGGCCCCCCGGAGCCAGCCCCACCCUCUCUCUCAGGACCCUGCCCCCAACCCUGCCAGGGUCCAGCUCCUCCUCCCCCUUGGCAGCCAGCGAGGCCCUGCCUAUCGUCCCGCUGGCAACACCCAAAGCCCAGCUCAACGAGACCUCGUUUUAGCAUCCGCGGAGGGCCAGGGACUCUGGCCUGGCAGUGACUGACUCACCACAGAGGCCUUACGCCCGCUGCCCGACUCCGGCUCUGCUCAACUUCUCCGGCUGGCCGAUGCCCGAGUCUCGGCCACUGCGGGACCUGCAGCAAGCCUGGGCCCCUCUGCAGCUGUGUCCUGCUGAGGCUGCCCUGCUCAGGCGGGCCGGGCACCCUGUCCGAGGCAGGAUCAUGCUCCAGUCACAGAGCAAUGGAUUCGCUGGCAUUCCUCCUCCUGGGGGCUACCUCUGCCCCCUUGCUGCCCUCUCUGUGCCCUGCUGGGCAUUGCAUGGGGCUGGGCUUCUCAGGUGCCGGCUUGCUGGCCUGGGGCAGCUGCGCCCAGGAGGGGCAAAUCCUACUGCAGGUGUGAAAAGGUCCCAGCUGGUGGGCGGGGCCUAAGCCUGGUAGCUCCUCCCACCCCACAGCAAGCCAAAGCCUAGUGGCAGAAAUAAGGGGGCAGGGGGUGGGGCGCUGUGCUGUUUCAAUACAGGGCUUCCAAAGCAAAUACACCCGCGUCCCCACGCUC